AUGUUGAGCAGAGUCGCAAACAAGUCGUCCAAGGCAUUGUCCAGGGGAUUCUCCACUGCCUCUCGCAAUGGCGGCAACCAACAAAAGAGCAGAUUCUCCAAGGCAGCCUUUGGCUUCGGUAUUACCGCCGCCUCAUUGGCCCUGUUUGGCACUACUAUGUUGGCCGACGAGGAUAGAACCAAGGCAUUGAUUCGCGAUAAGCAAAAGUCUAACUUUGAGAAGUUCGCCACAACUACCAUCAAUGGCGAGAAAUAUAUGACUGCGGAUGACUUCUUGAAUGCUCUGACCACACCAGAGUCUGAGGGAAGAGGCGAUCAGUUGCUCAAGGCCACCCUCGAUGCUGAUAAGUUCAAGGUCCUCUUCCAGAUGGCCGAUAUCGAUCACACUGGUCACAUCAGUCUUGAGGAGUACUGCAUGUUUGACGAGCUCAUGUCCAAGCCAGAGGCUGAGUACUUCCUGGCAUUCAAGCUGUUCGAUCGUGAUGGCAAUGGUUUCAUCUCAAAGAAUGACUUCCAGAAUGUCGUGUCUGCAAGUUUGGACCCAGCCAUCCCAUUCGACUUUAACUGUGAGCUGGUCAACCUUUACUUUGGAAACGGCAAGUCAGAGCUUAACUACAGCCAGUUCACUCAACUGCUGAAGGACUUCCAACAAGAGAGAGUCAAGCAAGAGUUCAGAUUCUACGAUACCAACAAGACAGGUUACAUUCCAAAGGAUAAGUUCGCCCAGAUCCUCAACUCUGUGAAGUUGAGAAGAAUCCCCGAGAACAUCCGUUCAAAGCUUGAGUCGCUCGCUGAGCUCAACGUGUCGUCGGGACACGCCGACGAGGUCAGCUACCCACAGUUUGUCGCCUGCAAUGACAUGUUGCUCCAUUUCCCAUCAUACGGCCGUGUGCUCAAGGCCGCAUCAGUCAAGCGCGACAAGACAGACAUCACCAAGGAGGAGUUCCUGCAGGAGGCUAGAACAUCGACAUCGAUCGAGAUCACACCAAUGGAGGUCGAUCUCAUCUUCCAUUUGCUCGACACCAACAAGGACGGCAAGCUCAACAUCCAGGAGUUUGAGAAGAUGACCGGUGUGUCGACCACACCCUCCGUUCCAGUCGCCGCCGCCGCCCCCGUCGAGGUUGCCAGCGGCCGCAUCACCGGCAAGGGCUUCACCGCCCAGCUGCGUGAGUCGAUUGAGAACUUUGCUCUGGGCUCUGUGGCUGGUGCCAUUGGUGCCACCGCCGUCUACCCAAUCGAUCUGGUCAAGACCAGAAUGCAGAACCAGCGUGCUGUUGACCCAGCACUGAGAGUUUACAACAACAGUUGGGACUGUUUCAAGAAGGUGCUCAAGAACGAGGGCUUUGCCGGUCUCUACAGAGGUCUGGGCCCACAGCUCGUUGGUGUUGCCCCAGAGAAGGCUAUCAAGCUCACUGUCAACGAUCUGCUCCGUGGUCUGUUUGCCGACAAGAGCAAGGGCGAGAUCUACUUGCCCCUUGAGGUGCUCGCUGGAGGUGGUGCUGGAGCCUCGCAGGUCAUGUUCACCAACCCACUCGAGAUUGUCAAGAUCCGUCUGCAGGUGCAAGGCGCUGGCAAGGGCCAGAGCGCCCUGUCGAUCGUGCGCGAGCUCGGUAUCUCUGGUUUGUACAAGGGAGCCGGUGCCUGUCUGCUGCGUGACAUUCCAUUCUCUGCCAUCUACUUCCCCGCCUACGCCAAGAUGAAGACUCUGUUGGCUGACAAGGACGGCAACAUCGCACCAAAGGAUCUGUUCAUCUCUGGUAUGGUGGCCGGUAUCCCCGCCGCCUCCCUGGUGACUCCCGCUGAUGUGAUCAAGACUCGUCUGCAGGUCAAGGCCAAGACUGGCGAGCAGACCUACGAUGGUAUCCGUGACUGCGCCCAGAAGAUCUGGCGUGAGGAAGGAUUCCGCGCCUUCUUCAAGGGUUGCGUCGCUCGUGUGUUCAGAUCGUCACCUCAGUUUGGUGUCACUCUGCUCUCAUACGAGAUGCUCCAGAAGCACCUGAUGCCCCACGUCCCACCAAAGCCACCCACAUCGGCACCAAUCUCCCAGAGAGACUGGAACACUCUCCGUGGACAGGCAACACCAGUCCAGAAGGUUCAAGAGAUGGAGAGCAAGUUUGGUAGCUUCAAAUAA